AUGUUUCAUGAAGAAAUUCUGGAUUCGAAAACCGACCAUGAAUUGAGGCAUAUCUUAGCACUGCUGCGUCCCAAGGUGUCACGGAGGAACAUGUCUUUUUUGUGCGGUGGAAUUUCGUCGGAUAAGCAGGUGGAUUAUGCUCUUGGAAUGGCUCGCUUUGGAAUGGUGCCAUUUUUCUCUGCGUGGCAUGAUAAUGUGCCGAGGUCACAUACACUAUUCGAUCAGUUCUUCGGGCAAAACUUGCUGGACGAGGACUUAAUCCCGCGUAAUCGAUUUUUGAACACCCCAGAUUAUGUGUACCUCAGUUUGGUCCCUUCAGCUAGGAGCCAAGUUCAGCCAUCUCGUCUGGACCGUGGUUUGUCGAAAGUGUCCAACGACAAAGACGAGUUCAAGGUGUGCUUGGAUGUUCAGCAAUUCACACCCGAAGAAAUAUCAGUGAAAACGGUCGACAAUUACGUUGUCAUUGAAGGAAAACAUGAAGAGAAAGAGGACGAACAUGGGUACAUCCAGCGCCACUUCGUUCGCAAGUAUCAGCUUCCGGAAGGAGUGAAGGCUGAAGCUGUGACUAGUUCGCUUUCGUCGGAUGGAGUGCUGGCCAUAAGAGCUCCAAAGCCUCUUCCAGUGCAGACCAACAACGAGCGUGUUGUCCCGAUUACUCAAUCUCCUUUCCCAGCCCUGUCAUCGGGCGGUGGUGAUAAUCCUGAGAAGGAUGCUGGGAAGAAUAGCGAAACCAAAAUGGAGUCCUGAAAGGUUCCGUGAUCUGGGUUAUUGCAGCGCGAUGCGAGAAAACUCGAUCAAAUUUUAUGCUGCGAUUAUCUUUCGUUGCUUUAAACGCCACUUUAUGAGCUAGAUGGGUAUCCCUUGCAAUCAUGCAUCUUCGCUUGUUGUUCUGAAGUUGUCUGUGGCACUGGCUUAUAAUACCUGGGCAUAGGAAUAAAAAGAUAAGAUCAAAAUAAACGAUUUUUCUGUUUUCCUUCUUAUUACGGUAAGCUUCAUCCACGUGAGCACUUGUCAUGAGCGAUAUAUUUUCACGAUUCACCUUUCGUGACCAGACUAGGUGAGCAAUCGGAUGCAGAAAUCUGGUGUAAUGUAAUCCUUCAGAAUGCAGUCGUAGAUCGACGUGUUGUGAGGAGAAAUCGUUAUGCAACUAAGGAUUCCCUGUAACUGAAGUCCGGCGUUGAAUGCAUUCGACUCGCUCCAUCUAAUUGAAUUAGUUUGUGAACGCUGUUCUACCCAGUUCGGAAUUUACUGCGGAAUGAAUCAAUGAAAUUGCUCGAGUUUGGUAAAAUUUAAUUCAUGUUGAUACGAUUUCGCCUGGAGAAACUGAUACAAAAUCACCCCGGCGUGAUUUCUCAUGGCGGGUUCUAAAUUAUAUUUCUUGCCUUCAUUUCCAUUCUCGUUAUUCGAGUAUCGAUCCCUCAUGCAUUGUUCGUUGUGAUACUGUAUUUGGAAGUGUGUUACGUGUUAACUUUGGAAGAUAUCGUUCGCUCCAAAAAGUUACCUCACUUGUUGGACACUGCUCGUCUACGCUAUUUAUGAAAACCUUCGUAUAUUCCGAAUAUAGCUUUAUGGUUGACGAA